CGCAUUGAGAGGCUCCAUCCUUCUAUCCCAGCAAGCCUGAAAAGAUAGAGCAGCUGCACUUGGAAUUGGAAGCAUUUUCAUUUUUAUUUGAAAAGGGGACUUUAACCCUUUUUUGUAUUGCAGCUGAGCCCUGGUUCAUGCCCUGUUGUAUUCGCCGAACGCGAUGAACAUGGACGAAGCAAUGAGCGCAGCUUUUAGAAUAUUGAAUUUAGGAAGACGAAUGAAGACAUAUGUCUGUCUCUGCUCAUGUACCCCCUGCACAAUCCUCUUCUGUAUCUCUAUCUUAUCUAUCCACGGUCUGAGACAUCUGUGAACAAGAAGCUUCCGUUAUGUUAAAAAACAUGGACGCCUACCCAAAAUGAAAUGGAAUUCAGCACCCCGUGUCAUGACAUUUCCCUCUGUACAGGACAUCAAAGGAAUUCACCGUUGAGCCGGAGACAACAAUUAUCAGACUGUUCCCGUGGGGUUUCAAGCCAACCAAACGUUCAGAAGGGAGGCAUGAGUCCUGGUCUGCCAGUGCCCGGCUCGCCCCAGCUCCUCUCUCUCUGACAGUCAUCUUGACUGAUAACCCAUAGUGACUCAGCUGAUCUCAUAGCCAAACCCUGCCCCCUCAGCCCCGCCAUCCGAGCCCCAGCUCCAGCCCCAGCCCCCGCAUCCAGUCCCACCCUAUCUUUACAGCAACAUGACCUCAUCUUGGCACUGACAGCAGCGGGAUAAGCUCAGUGAUGAAGGGUGCCGGGGAGCGGAGGUGUCAGUGAUCAGGCUGGAUCCAGAGGCAGCCAAGAGUACUGAAGAACACACCACAGAGCAGACUGCUGAAGACUACACCAGAAGGCCAGGCAGGCAGCAUCCUUCAUCGCUAGUAGACUGCACCACACUCCAAGCAUGCAGUCUGGGCACCACCGCUUCUAUGACAUGCCCCCCCGUAGGACACAAAAGGAUGAGCGUGCUCUCACUCGAGCUGAGGUGGCCCUGCGGCCUUAAGAGGGUGUGAGUUUCGGAGACUGCCUCCCCCAAGAGGAUGGACGCGAUGAAGACGUCGGAGACACUCUGCCCAGACGCUCAAGGCAAGGAGGGUCCCCCCUCUGCCACCCAGGUGCCCAUUGGUUGGCAGCGGCAGGUGGACCAUGCCAGGGUGGUCUACAUAAGUCCCAGUGGCUCCGUCCUGGCCUGCUUGGAGCAGGUCAAAAGCUACCUGCUGGCAGACGGCACCUGUAAGUGUGGUCUGGAGUGCCCUCUCAUUUUGACAAAGGUGUUCAACUUUGACCCCGGAGUGGCUGUAAGACAGAGGACAGCUGAGGACGCCAGGGCAGACGAGGACGUGACCAAGCUGUGCAUCCACAAGAGGAAGAUCAUCGCCGUGGCCACCCUUCACAAGAGCAUGGAGUCGCCCAACCCCUCCUUCAUUCUCACCAGUCCAAGUGGGGACAGAAGUUCAGUGUCCUUUCCCCAUUCCCUGGCUAACCGUCAGCAUGAUGGCUCCACAGGGUCGUCGCCUGAAGACAGCAAUAUGCCCUACCAGACCAUGCAUGGCCAGAAGCACUUCCAGCAGCACGACAUGGGCUCCCCUCCUCAACAAGACCUCUACUCUAACUACCACAGGAUAAAGCACGGCUCAAGCGAACACACCGUAGACCGCAGAUCACCCUACCGCCGCCGCCUCAGCGUCCUGCUCAGCCCCUCGAAGAGCAGUUCGCACCCUUACCUGGACGGCAGCCCCUCCUCCUCCAGAGGAAGCGACUCCCUCCUCCUCAGUCCCGAACUGUCUGCUGGUUUCCAGGUGAGCUGCAGCCCGGGGAAGUCCUACAGCACCAACAGUGCACCCGCGACCCCCCUGUCCCCACUGAGAGCGUCCCACCUCAGCUCCCCGCCCUCCUCCUCCACCAUCCAGUCCUCCUGCGCCAUGAUGGCUCCGUCCAGCUCGGCCAAAAGUCCCGCCAUGAGGCCCCCGUCAUCGUGCGGGUUUCCUCAGCAGCCCAUGGACGUGUUCCACCACAAGCCUCCACCUGUUCCUCAGUCAGUGCUGCACCUCAACCCUCACCACCACCAGCACCACCCACCACCACCUCCACCGCUUUCUCACUGCGUGUCGGCUAAGCAACAGGUGACCAGUGAGGAGAAAGAUCCCCUGGGUAUCCUGGACCCCAUACCGAGUAAUUCUGCUAGUUCUUCUUUGGGGCCAAGCGCGUCCACUAUUCAGACUAACUCCCUCUCUCAGGUAUCAUCAGUGAAUGUAAAUAUGCCCUCCACCAUUGUCCCAUUGCCAAGUAAUCUUCCGUUGCCGACGGCGAAGCUCGGGCACGCGGGUCACAGCAGCAGGAGUCAAUAUCACUCUGCUCUGCACAGCUCCGUCUCGGCGCCAUCCAUCACCUCCGCAGCACACAUGUCAGCCGCGUCCUCUCUCAUCCGGCUAGACGCUCAGCAUCAGGCGCACGGUACACACGCCACAUCCGUCUCCAUGUCUGACCAUGGAGAAUUCUCCGGACUGCAGGCCUCAUUUGGCCUCGCGAAGGUCCCCUCGCGAAGGUCCCUGCGGUCCUCCUUCAGUUCCCCUUACUCCACCGCCAUGGCCGAAAUGCUUCAGAGCUACAAAGACUACCACAGGGACAAUUCCAACCACUUUCUCGGAGGCGGCACAAAAGGCACCCGAAGAAAACAUUCCAGUCGCAAAUAUUCAGGACUCAACCAGGGCUCAAGUGGUGGUGGCAGCAGUGGACUUCUCAAAGGCAACCCAGACCUGAUGGGACUGAACAACCUUCUCAACAAACACGGUUCCUCCCAGCCCUCCACCACCACCACCUUCCCUGCAAGCAGCCUCUUGUCUGCAGCAGCCAAGGCCCAGACUGCCAGUAGUAUUGCAUGUGGUGAACUGGAGAUGGGGGUCCUCCCAGGCGGUGGCCUUCACGGUAUGAACUCCAACUCAGUGACCAAUUCUCAUCCAGAGAUCAUACAGAGUGGUCGCGCGGCACUCCGCGACAAACUCAUGGCCCAGCAGCGCAAUGCUCUCCACAAGAAGAGCAGACACCUCAGUAGCAGCAACCACAGUAACAACCUAGCCUUCAGCAUGUUCCACAAGGGCCACUACGGCGGUUCAGGUUCUAGGUUCCUCGGUUCCUCCUCAGAGUUUGUUAGGAAGCAACCUCAACAGCCUCAGCAGCAGGAUUUUAAAGCUGGUGCAUCUAUGGCGCAGCUUCUUCAGAACAUGAGCAGCACCCACAACGGUAUAUCACAAAUGGGCCACUACCUAGUUGGGUCAUCGGCACAGCCCCAGUCGUUCGGUGAUGGCAUGUUGUCGGCGGGUGCACCCUUCCAAAGUCAACAAGGACUGCCGUGCUCUCAGGACGCCCUGGACCUGUCACAGUUCCGGAACCGGAACAUGGAACAGCAGCAGCAAAUGAAGGAGGACCAACAUUCUGCCAUGAUGAAUCCCUACCAGAUGCAGGCCCAACAGGGGGAGCAGUCCUGGAUGAGUCAAGGUGGCCAGCCAGCCAAUGCAGUAAUGGGAUCACAAGUGCCCCAUAAACCACACCAACAACUGCCCAGUAAUACUAACCAUUACUACGCCCUGAAUACCCCGCACCUCCACGGUGGGAUGAUGGUCCCUAACGGAUAUGCUCAGACACUUUCAGGAGCCCCUCACAAAUGAUGGAAGUUGCAUUCAAGUGGAAGCCGUGUGGAUUCCCCCAAGCGCUCCCCAGAAGCCUACAGGGCACUCAGCCCCUAUGGCUUUGGAAAGGUGGCGAUGGUUCUGUCAUGAAACACUGCCUCAGAAACGUGCUGUCUAUCAGAAGAUACAGCAUCUUCAAGGGCCAAGAUGAACCUCUUGUAACAUCGCCACUAGAUCUGUCCAAAUGAUGUGGAUUUCAACAAUUAAGGCCCUUUUGCUCCCGUACUGAAAUAUGGCAAGGAAAGUCUUGCUCUCUGUCUAAAUCAAUUGUGGCUGACACACUCGCUGAAAAGUCCAAAAUAACUUCAUACUGUACAGGCCUUCUCCUUAAUCGGAGGGGGGAGGGGAGACAACAUCUGCAAGGCAGCGAUGAAUUCAUCUACAAAAUCAACUGAAAAGCCCCCUAUCCACAAUAUCUGACAUACAGUACGUAACAAGUAUCAGCAACAAAAGUCUGAAUACGUUCUUGUGCACUGUGUGACCUCUUUGUGAACUCUUCAACAGUUUCUCAUCACCGUUGGCAACCCAGUCUCACCAUGGGUCUGUCCAGUCUCCUUCCCUCUAUUGGUGCUUUCCCAGCAUUGAGUCUCUCAAGCCGUUCCCAUCUAACAUUGACCUUGACCGAGUGCAAGAAACUUCUUCCCACUCCUCUUGCUAUACCACUCAAAGGCACCUCAAGGAAAGCAACUUGGAGGUGAUUUGGUGGACUCAAUUAAAGUGUGUGGACUGGAACAUGGAACCUACAGCACCUUAGGCACGAGAACGUGUGGCAUCACAUGCAGAAGGUCAGUAGGUCUACAGCCGUGCCACUAGAACUGGGUGGAAAACUUGGACAGUUGGUGUAGAAGCCAGUAUUACAUUUAAUGGAGGGAAAGAGUAUGUACCGAGAGCCAGACAACUUCAUCACACUAGUCACCACUGACAACACCCAAAGAGCGAUGCCGCCCCACAUAUCGUCAGACAUUUGAAACCUGCGCUACAAAGUCCUGCCAACUCAUUUCUUCUCCUUGCUUUGAUGUGGUGGACACAGCAGGCCAAUACAGUAUAGCAGAGUAUACCUCUGUCAAUGAACUCCUCAAGUGUGACACUUAAAAUGUGGAGAAGGCAUUUUCACUACCUGUUGAAUGUGGAAGUGAAAGAACAUACCCACUGCUUUGGAAGAGAAGAAGCCGAUGGAGCAGUCAGAGACUGCAAGGACAUGGAGUCAAAUGUCAUAUUGAAAGACUGGAGUUAAGAUUCAACUAUGGACUACCUUCUCUCAGUCAAACACACAGAUUCAUAUGCCUGCUUACGACUGGAUAAAAACUCUGCAAAAACUACACCCCCCUGCUUUGACACUGACUGACCAUUGUGAAAAUCGUGUAUCCGCCUUUUGACAAUAAAUUCAUCUGAUGAUUAUUUUAAAACAAGUAACAUUACAUGGUACAUUUUACUGGUGCAUUUUAAACAAUAUGAAUAGAACUGUCCAGCAAAUUCUUGCAGAUUUUGUCAUACAGUAGAAAAUGUUGCUGUUUUGGUUUAAAACGUUAGCUGUGUAAAUCGCAACGAAGUCUUGACAUUUUGUGUUACGGAAAGGAACGGCAUGAAUUAUUAUCCUUUUCCAACUUUAGUGGACGUGAUUAUCACAUUUGUUGCUUACUGUACAUGUGCUCUUCUUCUUCCUUUUCAAUUAUUAUUAUUCUUACAAUGUAGAUUACUAAAGUGCUUUUUGGCCUCUUAAGACUGUAUAAAGUUUACCUGGUCUUCAAAGUGUUACAUUGUAAAACACAAAAAGCCAUGCCAUAGGAUUUAAUACUAUACCUAUUAUAUCUAAUUUAACUUAUUGAACACUUUGUACUACAAAGGGAAAAAGAGUGAUCUAUUUUUUUCUUAAUACAUAUUUUUGAUAAAUUGUUCAUAUAACAUUUUAAGAAUGAACAUGCAGAGUUUUGAUCUGUGGUGAGUAUGAGGGAUACAACGUUGUACAAAAAGGAAAUGUUUUUCCAUGUAUUAUUUUACUUUUGGAUUGUAUUUAUGUAUUUAUGGUAUUCAAAAUGCCAUCAGAGUGUAAUUCAACAUCUGUUGUGAUUGUGAAGGUUUUCUGGCAUUGGAAAAGCCCAUAUAUGGAUACAUUUAUGUCACAUAUAUGUGUCAUUUAUGCUGGUGAUUGAAAAGUGAGAUCAUUUUUUCACUUCAGUGCAACCGUUGUUAUUGUCCAUGAAAGUAUAUGAAACCAAGCCUUAAAUCUUCUUGCUGCCAAAGUUGUGUCGUUGGUGUGAGGGAUUCGGGCUAGUAUUUGUCAUUCGUCACUAAGCCCUUUGUUUGUUUUUUUUUGUUGUUGGUGGGUUUUUUUUUGCCUGUGUUCUUGUGUAAUACCAUGUGCUUCUGUUGUAUUGCAUUUGAGGCCUUACUUAUAAUGUGUACUGAUGCUACUGUUAUUAUUGGCACUUGUUUGUGUUUUGACAAAAUGUAAAGAUUUUAUUAUAUCAUUGUGUUUUACCAUAGUCUGCAAUAAUACUAAUUGGAGUUGGAUACUCUGAAAAGCCUUAGAGUAAAUAUAUUUUUCUCUUUUUAAAGAGGACUGCUUAUAUAUUGAAAAUUAUCGAGUCACGUGUUAAAAGAUAAUGAUAUAUUUUUGUUUAUUUAUGAGGUGUAUAUUUGUGAAAAUGAACAGUAUUCAAAUUGUUGUUUAAAUGUAUUAAUACUGUUAAACAUGCUGUUUUACUGUUCCAAAAUGCAUUUUGCCACUCCUGUUCUGCAUGGCUCAGGAAGCUCACUUUUGUUGAGUAUUACUGAGACAUACUGUAUGUCGACAAAAUUGUAACUUAUUGGAUUUUUGAAAGUGAAAGGGAAUAAAAGCCUAUUCAUUCUCUUGAGCCCGAUUCAUACUACGUGUGAGAGAGGGUUAUACCUGUGGAAUGGUUCACACGUGCUAAGCAAUGGCCAAAUAGAGUUAGUGUGUAUAGACAGAACUACGUACGUAGUUUAGUCAAUCAUAGGGUAUGAAGGGCCCUUAGUGAACAGUGUUGGACAGAAAGAAAAUAUCUCCAUGAUGGCGGACCAUUUGUGUUUUAUUGUGUUAAUAAUGAAUGGUUUUGUACCCGAAGAAGGGCAAGUUUGAGUAUAGUUAUGUUGUGGUUAUUUGUAAUUUAUUGUGCCCAUAUUUUGUAUUAAAUUAAAAUUUGCUUUUUCCUCAUGCCAUUCUUUUUUUCUAUUAUGAGGAGAGUUGUACUCUUAAUAGUACUGUGGAACCAAUGGUGGUGGAU